CUGACCAAAGAACAGACAGCAGCAACGGCUAUGCUAGAUAUCGAACAUGAAGACAAUAUCCCUAUCCCAGAUACCGACAGCAACGUAUACACUCGAGGUACAAUCGGACAACACAAUGUCGUUAUCGCUUGCCUUCCUGAAGACAUCAUCGGAACAACUGCAGCAACUAACGUUGUUACGCAUAUGCUAAGAACAUUCACGGGGAUCAGAUUCGCCCUCAUAGUCGGUAUUGGGGGUGGUAUUCCCAAUCUACCUGACUACGACGUUUGCCUUGGCGACAUUGUUGUCAGUGGGCCUCAGGGGACCUUUCCUGGGGUAAGGGCACCGUUCCACUCGUGA